CCCGUGGAUUUUUUACAUCGUAAUUAUACAGGUUCCUCGAUUUAUUCCCAGUUUACUAACAGUAAGGCUGAAUCUCUGGUUUCCUCCACUCUCGUCAGCAGCUACUGACUCUACAAAAGAGUAGAACAAUAACAGGAAGGCUGCCAGUGGGAAACAGGCUGAUCUUUAACAAGGACAAGCCUUAAAUUGCUAGGGAAGUCCAAAACUCCAGUUUUAUCAGCUAAGCCAGAUAGUCUGACAUCUGUGUGGUGGCGCUGCUGCAUUGUCUUUCUGUUACUGGAUACAGUAUUGAAUAUUUUUUUAUUUUAUUUUGUUUAUAUUAUUUUUGUGUGUGUGUGUCUGUGACCGGACUGGAAUAAAAACAGCCUGCAUUUCAGCAUCAGCAGGGUACAAGGCCCUCUUCAUUACAGUCAAGGAUGGAUGUUCUACUGUGGAUGUUUUGUUUUAUCAUUAGCCAAAUUCUUUCCAUCCAUGGUAUAGAGAAUUCAAGGACUGUUUUGAGGACAUAUGACAACAGCAGAUCUAUUCUGCACAGACACAAAAGAGAUUGGAGAUGGAAUACAUUGUAUACUGAUGAAGAAAAAAAAACAACUCUACCACAUUUAAUUGGAAAGCUGUCGUCCACAAAGGUCAACGGAAGUGCAAGGUUUGUUAUAGAGGGAGAAGGAGCUAAUACCAUUUUUAAAGUGGAUGAUCUUGGUGAUAUUUAUGCCUGGAAGACACUGGAUCGUGAAGAAAAGUCCAUCUAUCACCUCCAAGCUCAAAUCUUUGACAAAAAAACCAACAAGCAGUUGGAACCAACAUCAGAGUUUGAGAUCAAGCUCAAUGACAUCAACGACAAUGCUCCUAGAUUUACACACAAUAUAUAUAAUGGCUCUGUUAUAGAGAUGUCUAAACCAGGAACCAGGGUGUUGCAAGUAAUAGCUGUAGAUCCAGAUGACUCCUCAGUGUCAGGCCAUGCCAAGGUCACAUACAGUAUCAUUAAAGGAGGAGAGAACUUCCGUAUUGAUUUAGACACAGGAAUAAUUACAUCAUCCAAUGUCUUGGACAGAGAACAACAGAAAAGCUAUGAAUUGGUUGUGAGGGCUAAGGAUAUGCCAGGUUAUGAAGGAGGCUUUUCAAGCACUGCAUCUGUAAUAAUUACACUGGAAGACAUAAAUGACAAUGUGGCAACAUUCACAAAGAAACAGUACACAAUUUCUGUGUUAGAAGAUAGACCUAUUGGAUCUGAGGCUGGGAUGCUCCAAAUUGAAGAUAAAGAUGAGCCACAGAACACAAAUCCAAUGUUCAGUUUUGUGAAACAAGAUUAUAGUGGUCUCUUUAAUAUUGUUUCAGACAAUAUCACAAAAAAUGCAGUCAUUGUUUUAAAACAGCUCCUUGACUAUGAAAAAGUAAAGACAUACACUAUGGAAGUUGAAGUGACUGAAAUCACUACAGUCCCCCCUGGUAAAAGGGAUCCACAGGUUAACACCAGGGCGAUGGUGUUUCUCAAUGUUUUAGAUGUCGACGAGCCUCCUGUUUUCCAGCGUCCUUCUUACUUCUUCAGUAUUUUUGAGAACGCCUCCCUUGGCACUCAUGUUGGCUCUGUUUUUGCGGAGGAUCCAGAUGAAGCCCAGAAAAUUGUAAGAUACUCCAUCAACGGAGGAAAUGUAUUAACGGUUAACAGAGACUCUGGAUCUAUUAAAACAAGUAAUAACCUGGACCGGGAGAUGAAUGCCUGGCACAACGUCACUAUCACUGCAGUAGAAGAUGGUCCUGGAGGUAAAGAAUCCACAGUUUCUGUGUUCUUGAAGGUUCUUGAUAUAAAUGACAAUUCUCCAGAAUUGGAUUAUGAAUAUGACCUAUUUGUAUGUGCAAAUGCCAGACCUGGAAAGGUAAUACAAACAAUUGCCGCCAGUGACAAAGAUGAAAUGACUAAUGGACAAAAGUUAAGCUUCUAUUUAGAUCAUGCCCACAGUAACUUCUCACUUGUGGACAAUCAUGACAACACAGCAAACAUUACUUUAAAACAAGGGGGCUUCAACCCAGAUGAAAAGAAAACAUAUUUCCUUCCUGUCGUUAUCUCUGACAAUGGUAGACCCCAGCUCGUAAGCACCUACACCCUGGAGAUCGUGGUCUGUGGAUGUGAUGCGAAUGCAGAAGCAGAGCCCUAUUCCUGUAGGGGAGCCUACGCACAGACCGGAGUUAGCGUCCAUGCCCUUACAGCCAUUCUACUCUGCAUCCUCGCCAUUUUAGUCAUUACAUUGUUAAUUGUCAUGAGAAGAAAAUUCAAGAAAGACUCACUGGUCACUUUGGGAAAGAGCGCCGGAGAAAUUCACGAGCAGCUUGUGUCGUAUGAUGAAGAAGGGGGCGGGGAAAUGGACACUAACGGUUACGACGUCUCUGUGCUCAACUCAGUACGGCGCAGCAGCAUGAGGCCUAGACCGGAGGCACAGCCUGGACCUUGCCUAUACGCAACGGUCCAGAAGCCUGCAGCAAAGGGGGACAUGGCCGUCAUGAUUGAAGUGAAGAAGGAUGAAGCUGACCACGACCGAGAUGGGAUCCCCUACGACACGCUGCACAUCUACGGAUACGAAGGGUCAGAGUCUCUGGCCGGGAGUCUGAGCUCCCUAGAAUCUGCUUCUUCCGACUCGGACCAAGACUACGACUUCUUAAAUGACUGGGGACCUCGCUUCAAAACUUUAGCCGAACUCUAUGGUGUAGACGGAGCUGAGAAUGGCUAUGAAUAUUAAUUCUUCAACAAUUAUUAUUAUUAUUAUUUUAUUUUAUUUUUUUUUGGGGGGGGGGGGGGGUUGUUUUGCUAAAGUACCGGUAGGUAAAUAACAAGGGUGCUUAAACAGAUCACAUUAAGUAACUGAGCAAUGCUUUUUUAUAUUCAAUGGAAUGGCAAGAAGAAAAAUAUUGUUGGUUGCAAACUGACAGUAAACAUUGGUGAUAUUCAGCUGUUGGCAUGUCAGGAAAAAGCGACAAUAUAGUGCAGAUUUUGUACAGGAAGCAUUUCAAACAGCUUUUGCAUGGCUUUGAUGGCAAUUACGAUGUAUUUGACAGCUUGGUGACAUAGAUACUGUGGGAGGCUAUAACAGAUAUACUGCCUACAAGGACAAGCAUAAAAAAAAAAAUACAUUGCAAGCAAUUCCGGAAACGUUGGACAGCUUCAUGUGUUCUAUACAAGGCCAUAGUUGACAGAAAUACAGUCUUUACAAGUUUAACCUUUAAACCUACAUGGCAAAAUGCUAUAGACAAGUUCUGCAUAGACCAUUAUUAUUAUUUAUUUCUUAGGAGAUGCCCUUAUCCAGGGCGACUUACAAUUGUUACAAGAUAUCACAUUAUUUUUUACAUACAAUUACCCAUUUAUACAGUUGGGUUUUUACUGGAGCAAUCUAGGUAAAGUACCUUGCUCAAGGGUACAGCAGCAGUGUCCCCUACCAGGGAUUGAACCCACGACCCUCUGGUUAAGAGUCCAGAGCCCUAACCACUACUCCACACUGCUGACCAUCAUAAUAUAAACUUGUAAUAAUCAUGUUUUGGUUUUCAAAUUAUAACAAAAAGAAGAAGAUUACUUUGUAUAUGUUGAUCAUGUCUGUCCAUAUUCACCUACAUCCAUUAAACAUUAACUUUCUGCCUUACACACAGAGUUUUACGUAAAGUUCCUAAAUUUCUGUCCAGAAUUACAUGUUUGCAAAUGUGUAGCGAUACUGGAUUCAUUUAAUGGAAGUUUACUGUUUGUUUUCCUGUUUAGCACCUUUGAAUCCAGUGCCUAAACUAUGCAAAAGAAAAAUAAAACACUGGAAUGAACUUCCUGCACUUCUGUUUCUGCGGAAACACGAUUCCUGUACUGUCAUUGUAAAGUUUUUAUAGCACAUUGUUAGCUUCUUCCUGUUUCCAAGGAAAGAAAUUUGUUUGGGAAUAAUAAAUAAUGUGGUUUUGAUCAUACUGCCUGUACCUAAAGGCCAGGAUCCAUUCCAACAGCAGCCUUGUGCCUAACUGAAUAAUAGGUAGUUCUUAAAAUGACUGCGUCCUACAUUCAUUUUCAGUUCAAACUAUCCUCUGUGCAAAGUCUGUCUCAGCUUAAUUUCCAGCUGUGUUCUGUGGUCCUGGUUUCCAUAGUGUGCUUCGAGUGUUUGGUAGUGUAAAGUUUUAAAAACUUAAAUGAAGUCCCCCUGAUUAUGCUGUAUGGUAAAUAAAUAAGGCUAAAUGUAUUCCUUCACCCUAUCUUCUUAGCCCCUGGAUUAGUCUGUCUAAGUUGGCCUCUCUAAGGCUAACAAACAUUAACAAAAUGUAAAUUAUAAAAAUGUAAUUGUGCAUUGUGCUAGCACGUUGUUAAAAUUGAAAGAUCUGUCUCACAAUAGUCACUAAGGUCAUUAAAAUGAUGCAGGUGUAAAUUCUACCUUGAUAUUCACAGCUGCUUAAAGUUUUUAAAUACUGGGCCCUUUUCACAAAAGUUUCAGGUACUGUGCUAUUUUCAUAGAUGAAACAGUUAUUUUUAAAACUAAGAAUAGUUGAAAAUAGUUUUGUGCGCUGCAAACUUGAUUUAAUUACUAAAAUGGGCUUCAAUGAAACAUUCCUUUAAAAAGUCCUUCAAGUCUUAUGGUUUUAUUUGGGCUUUUAAUGAGAACAUAUAACUGUGUUACUGUAAACAGCAAGUGUGAAACUAUAAAGUACCACUGAAUUUAAUGUGUUUUAUAUUAUAUAUGGGUUAAUGGUUGAUUAUUUUAUAAUACUUUUUUUAAGUUUGGUUUUAUAAUGUUUUGUUUAAUAAGCCAUUUUAUAUGUAAACGAUUUAUAUUAUUUUCUACUAACAUUAAAAUGUGUAAGCACCUAUUAAUUGAACUAAUGCUGUGACAUGUCUACUGCCAAUGUCAGGUCAUGUACCUGUAACUGUAUUUUUUUAUUAUUAAAUCUGAGUCCCAUCACUGUACAUAGAGUAUGUCUAUUUGGCUCAAUAGCCCUAAUACUGGUACUUGACAUUUGUUCCACCAGAUGUCGCUAUUUGACAGAAAUGGUCAGCUACAUUCCAAGGGUGUGUGCCUUAUAUGACGGAAACUCCAUUUUAUGGUGAUUUUUUAAAAUUAAAAGUGAGUGUAAAAUUAUUAACCUGGA